UUUAGGCCAUGACGACACUUUACAUUUAGUUUUAUUGACAGAUAUCUGCCAUGUUAGCAAGACGGGUUCUAAGGAAAUCGAUCAUCGAUGCAAUAAAAAAGCUUCAAGGUCUUCGUAGUGACGUCGGGACCGCUCUGGCAGCUUUUUCAAUGACAUCGUCGCAAGGGAAAGACGCGAAAUGCCCCGGCGAAGCGGGUAAAAAGUCCCCUUGCGGCGCUCCAGCGAAGGCUGGUGGUGGCACGGCGAAAGCGGCUCCAUCUCCCGCGACAGGCAGCGGAGCACCACCGAAAUCGGCCACGGCCGGAGCCAAAGGCAGAAUUAUAGCCGUGAUUGGAGCGGUGGUUGACGUACAGUACGAUGCACACCUGCCUCCCAUAUUAAACGCACUGGAAGUGCCUGGACGCACGCCGAAGCUCAUCCUGGAGGUGGCACAGCAUUUGGGCGAGAAUACGUGCCGCACUAUAGCCAUGGACGGCACCGAGGGUCUGGUGAGGGGGCAGCCGGUAGUGGACACGGGAGCUCCGAUCACGAUACCAGUGGGGGAGCCAACUCUUGGACGAAUCAUCAACGUCAUAGGAGAGCCUAUAGACGAGCGCGGACCGAUACAGACGGACAAGUUCGCUCCGAUACACGCUGACGCUCCGCCCUUCGUCGAGAUGUCAGUCGAACAGGAGAUCCUCGUGACGGGCAUCAAGGUCGUGGAUCUCCUGGCUCCGUACGUCAAAGGUGGUAAAAUUGGUCUUUUCGGUGGCGCCGGUGUCGGGAAGACUGUCCUCAUCAUGGAGCUGAUCAACAACGUGGCCAAAGCCCAUGGUGGCUUCUCUGUGUUUGCUGGUGUCGGUGAGCGGACCCGCGAAGGCAACGACUUGUAUCACGAAAUGAAAGUGGGGGGCGUUAUCACGGACGACUAUAAAACAUCGAAGGUGUCCCUGGUAUACGGCCAGAUGAAUGAGCCCCCUGGGGCGCGUGCCCGGGUGGCCUUGACCGGGUUGACCUUGGCUGAGCAUUUCCGAGACAAGGAGGGCCAGGACGUAUUGUUGUUUAUUGACAACAUCUUCAGAUUUACGCAAGCCGGCUCCGAGGUAUCAGCGUUGCUGGGCCGGAUUCCAUCGGCGGUCGGCUAUCAGCCCACGCUGGCCACGGACAUGGGCACCAUGCAGGAGAGGAUUACGACAACCAAGGCCGGCUCCAUUACAAGCGUACAGGCCGUAUACGUCCCGGCGGACGACCUCACGGAUCCGGCUCCGGCCACGACCUUCGCUCACUUGGACGCGACCACGGUCCUCUCGCGCGCCAUCGCGGAGCUGGGUGUGUAUCCGGCAGUGGAUCCCCUGGAUUCGACCUCGAGAGUGAUGGACCCUAACAUCAUCGGGGCCGAGCAUUACGGAGUCGCUAGGGGCGUGCAGAAAAUACUGCAGGAUUACAAAUCGCUGCAAGACAUCAUCGCUAUCCUCGGCAUGGACGAGCUCUCCGAAGACGACAAGCUCACGGUAGCCAGAGCCAGGAAGAUACAGAGGUUUCUCUCGCAGCCAUUCCAGGUAGCUGAGGUGUUCACCGGUCACGCCGGCAAACUGGUGAAACUGGAGGAAACCAUCAAAGGCUUCCAAAAGAUUUUGGGCGGCGAAUUGGAUCACAUUCCGGAGGCUGCCUUCUACAUGGUGGGCACCAUAGAGGACGUGAUCGCCAAGGCACAGGAACUCGCCAAAAGCGUGUAGAGUCGAA